AUGGCAAAAUAUUCAUAUCAUUCACGGUUGAGUAUUCACAGGAGAGAGCCGUUGCAAAAUCUAGGUACCAAUAUUGAACCUGAUGAUUCAGAUGAUGAAAAGGUAUCAGGUCCUCCAGUACUAAGCAAUUUUGCAUCUGCAUUUCUCUCUGAAGGAGAUAAGAACACAAGCAACAUAAGAGAAGAAGAAACAAAUGUUUUCAAUAACUCGAAUAUGAAACUAUCACAAACUCCCAAUAAUUCUAUUGAACCAAACCAAGCGGACGAUCUUUCACUCCAUUCAACACUCUUUGCAAACACUGUAGGCAAUCGACAAUCAAGUUUAACCACAAUGAACAGCACCAAUAAUUUCGCUCUCAACCACGAUACUAAUAAAGAGCAUACUGUUUUCGAGGAUAAUUUACAGAAAAUUAAGUCUUUACAACAAACUAUGAAAGAAGAGCUUACAUCCAGAUACAUUGAAAGGAGAAAUAAGCGAUUUUUAACGAGUAGAAGAAAUAAUCUUGGACCCGCUAAAAGGGCUUCUACAUCUGCAAUCUCUGCCUCCACUGAGGAUAGAUAUCAAGAAAAUGAUAAACACAGUAAUAAUGAGAAGUAUUCAACACAGGAUGAUAGUAAUAUUUUAGCAAAGCAGGUAGGUCGAUUAUCAUCACCACUGAACCGUCAAAAUCGGGCAUUUCAGUCAUCUAAUGGCGAUGAUACAAACAUGAAAGAACCAGUUGAUUAUUCCUCAAUUGAAUUUGGCGAGCUGACUCCAUUUGAAUACUUAAAGAAACAUGAUCUUCCCACUUCGGAACUCCCGUAUAUUUCAAGGAUAUAUUUUGAGAAACAGAAGCUAGAAAAUAGACAAACCGUGCUCAGGAAACGACGCUUCUCAUCGAAGGAGUCAUUGUCGCUAGGCACAACUUCAUCAUUAGCACCAUAUUCUAACUCAAAGAAUAAUACAACAAAUCAGGUUUCGAGAGACUUGUCGUUACCAAGGAGGAAGAUUUCAGAUACGUCAUCCAAGAUUUCGAAGCAAAUAUUAAAAUCAAAUAUUAACCUGUCGGAAAGUGGAUCACAUGGUUUUCCACCAGACUUACAAAGCAUACAGAGACAGCAUGAAUCGGCGGAGAAAUUGUCACGAGCACCCUUGAUUGAUUUGAAUGUGAAUAACGUCUCCCCAAAAAGGAUGGAUAAACUUCGGGAAACUCACAAGUUUUCUGACAGUCGUUUAAAUGUCCAGGAUUUUAGCAAGAAAACAGAUGUUGUUGUGUAUGAAAAACAAGCUCCUCGGAAGAAAGUUGAAAUCGUCGAACCGAAACGGUCACAUUCUAAAUUGGCAAAGCGCAAUACGAUAACUGUAAAUGAUACAGAAUACGAAAAAAUUGAACUGUUAGGAAGAGGGGGGUCAUCAAGGGUUUACAAGGUAAAAAACUCGCAAAAUAAGGUUUUUGCUUUAAAGCGGGUUUCCUUUGACGAAUUUGACGAUUCGAGUGUUGAUGGAUUUAAAGGAGAGAUCGAACUACUUGAGAAAUUAUCCAACGAAUCUCGAGUUGUGAAAUUAUUUGACUAUCAAAUGGAUAGCGGUGUUCUGUUCUUGAUCAUGGAAUGUGGGGAUCACGAUCUAUCACAAAUUUUAAGCCAGCGAAGCGAUAUGCCUUUAGAUAUGGACUUCGUAAGAUACCAUGCUCGUGAAGUAGUGCGGUGUAUCAAAAUUGUCCAUGAUGCUGGAAUUGUUCAUUCUGAUUUGAAGCCAGCAAACUUUGUGUUCGUUAAAGGGAUACUAAAAAUUAUUGAUUUUGGUAUCGCAAAUGCUAUUCCUGAUCAUACUGUGAACAUUUAUAGGGAGAAUCAAAUUGGAACCCCGAAUUAUAUGGCACCUGAAGCUCUAGUAGCUAUGAAUUAUACAAAUGAAAAUGACGGAGGGAACAAAUGGAAAGUAGGUAAACCAUCUGACAUAUGGUCCUGUGGUUGUAUAAUAUAUCAAAUGAUAUACGGAAGGCCACCUUAUGCUGGGUUUCAGGGACAGAACAGACUUUUAGCCAUCAUGAACCCUGAUGUCAAAGUGAUAUUUUCGGAAAAGACAGCAAAUAACGAAAGCAUACCACGAUCACUUAUCGAUUUAAUGAAAGGAUGUUUAACAAGGGAUCCAGAAAAGCGGUGGUCCGUCGAUCAAGUCUUAGAAAGCCCGUUUUUCAAUCCAAUUGUUGUGACACCAUUUUUUAUAAAAGACCUAAUAAAAAAUGCUGUUAGAUACGGCGUAGACCAAAGAGAGGUAUCUAAUGAGAAGAUCGAAGAAUUGGCCAAUGAUGUACUGGGAAGAUUAACUGACUUCAAGAUGUAA